GUCAGGCUGUAAUAUCCGAGCCUUGACAUUGCGAAGAUGGAGGAUGUUAUGGUCUAGCCCAGGAUAUACAGAAAAGCACAAACUGCGAGUUUCAGAGGUCUGUUAUGACAACAUUUCCAGUUGGUCCAGGUGGAGGCAGGAGGUGUGAGUAGAGUGCAGUACACAUCAACAGCAUGUACUCCGAGUGGCGCUCACUGCAGCUGGUCGUGCAGAGUGACCAGGGCCACCUCAGCGUUCUGCACACCUAUCCCACCAGCGUGGGGACAGAGGUGGCAAAUGCUGUGGUCAAACCUCUGGGCACAGCUGUGAGCCCUGUCGCCACAGAGAACAUCCUCAAGACAGAUAAGGAGGUGAAGUGGACCAUGGAGGUGCUGUGUUAUGGCCUUACCCUCCCCUUAGAGGGGGACACUGUUAAGUUGUGUGUAGAUGUCUACACAGACUGGAUGAUGGCCCUGGUGUCGCCCAGGGACUCUAUGCCUCAGCCUGUGGUCAAGGAGCCCAAUAUGUACGUCCAGACCAUCCUCAAACAUCUCUACAAUGUCUUUGUACCAAGGCCUGAACAGCACAGUCUGAACCACAUUAGGCUCUGCCAGCAGGUUCUGACUGCGGUCCAGAAACUGGCACGAGAGUCUGUUUCCAUGGUGAGGGAAACCUGGGAGGUGCUGCUGCUCUUCUUGCUUCGCAUCAAUGACACAUUACUUGCCCCGCCCACAGUUGGAGUCCCUCUUUUUCCAGUCGGGGUGGCAGAGAAACUGGCAGAGAAACUGAUGGCAGUGCUGUUCGAGGUGUGGCUGCUGGCAUGUGCCCGUUGCUUUCCCACGCCACCAUACUGGAAGACAGCUAGAGAGAUGCUGGCCAACUGGAGACAUCAUCCUCCUGUUGUGGAGCAGUGGAGCAGAGUGGCCUGUGCCCUGACCUCCAGACUUUUGCGCUUUACCCACGGACCAUCCUUCCCACCUUUUAAAGUUCCCGAUGAGGAUGCCACCCUGAUACCUUUAGAGAUGGACAAUGACUGUGUGGCACAGACGUGGUACCGCUUUCUCCACAUGCUCAGCAACCCAGUAGACCUGAGCAACCCAGCCAUCGUGAGCACGACUCCAAAGUUUCAGGAACAGUUUCUCAACUCCAGCGGCAUCCCUCACGAAAUGGUGCUGCACCCUUGUUUAAAACAGCUACCCCAGAUCUUCUUCAGGGCCAUGAGGGGCGUCAGCUGCCUUGUGGAUGCCUUCUUGGGUGUCUCUGUUGAAAAGAGAGAUGUACGGGAGAGGGUGUUCACAUUUUCUCCAGUGCUGCUCUCUCAUGGCAUCUCACGUCCCAGAGCUGACAGCGCCCCGCCCACCCCGGUCAACAGAAUGAGCAUGUCCCCGCCCCCCUCUAUCACCAACACUACGCCCCCUCACCACCGCAAGCAACGACAUGCAGUGGUCACCAAAACCACAAGCAAGAGUUCAACUGGAAGUGGUAGUCAACCAACCAAAGCAUCCCAGCAGCAACAGCAGCAGCAAACUUCCUCUUCCCCGACCCUGUUGUCUAGCCCCAACCAGAGCAGUUGGGAGUCUCGGCCCCUGCCGGCCCCGGCGCGGCCAAAGGUCAACAGCAUCCUCAACCUGUUCGGCCAGUGGCUUUUCGACGCCGCUCUCGUCCACUGUAAGCUCCACAGCGGCCUCAGCCGAGACCCCAGCAUGACCGCCAUAACCACUCAAGUAGGUUUGGAGCUGAAAAGGAAGGGCUCACAAAUGUCCACCGACUCCAUGGUGUCGAACCCCAUGUUUGAUGCCAACGAGUUCCCCGAGAGCUACGAAGCAGGACGAGCGGAGGCCUGCGGGACUCUCUGCCGUAUCUUCUGUAGCAAGAAAACCGGAGAAGAGAUUCUGCCUGUUUACCUAUCCAGGUUUUACAUGGUCCUGAUUCAGGGUCUCCAGAUCUCCGAUUUCAUCUGUAGACCAGUCUUGGCUUAUAUCAUUCUCAACUCUUCCUCUCUCUUCUGUACUGACCUGAAGGGCAUCAAUGUGGUGGUACCCUACUUCAUAGCUGCCUUGGAGACUAUUGUACCAGACAGGGAGUUGUCCAAAUUCAAGAUGUAUGUAAACCCCACCGACCUGAGGAGAGCCUCCAUCAACAUCCUGCUUGCCAUGCUGCCAUUGCCGCAUCACUUUGGCAACAUCAAAUCAGAGGUUCUGCUAGAGGGGAAGUUCAAUGAGGAGGACGGGUGGCCUCAUGACCAGCCCGUGUCUUUCCUGUCCCUGAGGCUACGUCUCGUCAACGUCCUGAUCGGAGCCCUGCAGACUGAGACCGACCCCACCAACACACAACUCAUCCUGGGUGCAAUGCUAAAUAUCGUUCAAGACUCUGCACUGUUGGAGUCCAUAGGUGCACAAACUGAAACAGGGAGUAUAGACGGGAGCCACAUGACAGUGAGGAGUCAGAGUCACAGCCGUACAAACAGCGGCAUUAGUUUCAGCAGCGGGGGCAGCAUGGAGGCCACCAGCCCGGACUCUGAGCGCCCUGCCCAGGCUCUGCUUCGAGACUACGAUACGGCGGCAGGCCUGCUGGUGCGCAGCAUCCACCUGGUCACCCAGAGGCUCAACUCCCAGUGGAGGCAAGACAUGAGCAUCUCACUGGCUGCCCUGGAGCUCCUGGCGGGGCUCGCCAAGGUGAAAGUGGGGGUCGACUCUGCAGACCGCAAACGUGCUGUCAGCUCUAUAUGUGGGUACAUUGUAUACCAGUGUAGCCGUCCAGCUCCUCUUCAAUCCAGAGACCUUCACUCCAUGAUUGUAGCUGCCUUCCAGUUUCUAUGUGUGUGGCUCACAGAGCACCCGGACAUGCUGGAUGAGAAGGAUUGUUUGGUGGAGGUGUUGGAGAUUGUAGAGCUGGGAAUCUCCGGCAGCAAGUCCAGACAGGAACAAGAAGUGCGACAUAAAGCGGAGAAGGAGCACAACCCAGCAUCAAUGAGGGUGAAGGACGCUGCUGAGGCGACUUUGUCCUGUAUCAUGCAGGUGUUGGGGGCCUUCCCUUCGCCCAGUGGACCCGCCUCCACCUGCAGCCUGCUGAAUGAAGACACCCUGAUUCGAUAUGCCAGACUCAGUGCCACAGGAGCCAGCAACUUCCGCUACUUUGUCUUGGACAAUUCAGUCAUCCUCGCCAUGCUGGAGCAACCGCUUGGCAAUGAGCAGAACCCCAGUCCAUCAGUGACAGUUUUGAUCAGAGGGACGGCUGGAAGACAUGCCUGGACCAUGCAGCUCUUCCACCAACCCAGAGGAGCUCGGGCCAAUCAGAGGCAGGUGUUUGUUCCUGAGGGCCGUCCAACACCCAACAAUGAUGUAGGGAUCAAGUACAACGUCAAGCAGAGGCCCUUCCCCGAAGAGGUGGACAAGAUCCCACUUGUCAAAGCUGAUGUCAGCAUUCCUGACCUGGAUGACAUUGUCAGUAAAGAGCUGGAAGUUCAACAUGACAAGCUUCGAUUACUGAUGACGAAGCAGAUCGAUUAUGAGGGCACCCUGGAGCGCCACAGCGAGGAGAUCUGGAAGUCCAAGUCUUUCCCUGACCCCCAAACAGACUGUAAACCCCCUCCACCCUCGCAAGAGUUCCAAACAGCCCGUCUCUUCCUCUCCCACUUUGGUUUUCUGUCUCUGGAGGCGCUCAAGGAGCCCAAUAACAGCCGUCUACCUCCUCAUCUGAUUGGCUUGGAGUCGUCCUUGCCAGGGUUUUUUGACGACAUCAGCUACCUGGACCUGCUUCCCUGCCGACCAUUUGACACUGUCUUUAUUUUCUACGUGAGGGCUGGGCAGAAAACCAGCCACGAGAUCCUGAGGAAUGUGGAGUCAUCAUCCAGUGUUCAGCCCCACUUUUUGGAGUUCUUGCUAUCCUUGGGCUGGCCUGUGGACGUAGGACGCCACCCAGGGUGGACGGGGCACCUAGACACCAGCUGGUCCCUCAACUCCUGCUCUGACAACGACAUACAACAGACUGAGGAAGCUUCUACUCCUGAGGACACAGGCGGUUCAGUGUUCAACGGGGAGAAGAAAGUUUUGUACUACGCUGAUGCUCUGACAGAGAUUGCCUUCGUUGUUCCGUCUUUGACAGAAAAUUCCGAGGAGUCGUCAGUGCACAGUGACUCCACAGUGGAAGCAGACACAAACACAGAGCCCGCGCCUGCUUCACUCAAACAACCCAAUCUCACACUGGAGCUAUUCCCUAACCAUUCAGAAAACCUGGAGUCUGCCAAAAAGCUGAGUCCUUUGGUGAAGACCAAGAGGUCAUCGACUGGAAAGUCUUUCCCAGCACUGGGACCUGAGACGAAAGUGUUUGUGGUCUGGGUGGAGCGCUUUGAUGAUAUUGAGAACUUCCCGUUGUCUGAUCUGUUGGCGGAAACCAGCACAGGUUUGGAAGCGAGCAUGAGCAACAGCACUUCCUGCAGGUCAGGGUUACUAGAGAAGGACGUUCCUCUGAUCUUCAUCCAUCCUCUGAAGACGGGUCUCUUCAGGAUCCGGCUGCAUGGAGCUGUGGGCAAAUUUGGCAUGGUGAUUCCCCUGGUGGACGGCAUGGUGGUCAGCCGCAGAGCACUUGGGUUUCUCGUGCGUCAAACAGUCAUCAACGUGUGCCGACGGAAGCGUCUGGAAAGUGACUUGUACAACCCGCCUCACGUGAGGCGGAAGCAGAAAAUAACUGAGAUUGUCCAGCGUUACCGCAACAAGCAACUGGAGCCCGAGUUUUACACCUCGCUCUUCCACGAGGUGGGGGAAGGAAAGCCUCACCUCUAACCUCCCUGGUUCUGUCCUAACACUGGCUCACAAGCGCACACAACAACACACACACACACACACACACACACACACACACUCACACACACACACACACACACACUCUUAUGCUAUACUCUCAUACACCAUUUUCAACUGUGCGUGCAUACACACACACACACACACAGAAUCUUUAUAUUUAUACUGUACUAUUUUGUUAUUUAUAUGAAUACAUAUAUCAACACUGUCUGCCUUUGACUCCGAGAGCAAAGCGUCAAAAACCAUGCCAAGGUGGAAGAAGCUAAAUUUCUAUGUCGCAGCCGCUCACUGAAGAUUCAAAUGGCUGAAGUUCAACAGUGACUGUCUCUCCUCAUUUAGGUUCGCUUUGUGGCAAAAGAGUUUCUGCUUGUCUUUAACUGCAAUACAAUAGUUACACUGUUGGCCUUUUUGAAAUUAUAAACAGUUUGUCCUUUUAAAAAAACCCUGUGACAUGAGUGCAUUUCAUGAUGGUUUGGUAAUACAAAAUUGUGUCCAAAAUCCAGAUCUGCAUAUCUGUUUUUGUUUUAAUUAAACAGAUCCACGGUUGGAUUUUUGCCAAGGAGAUAAAACAUGCAAGCAUCAUUAAAAAAAUGUUUUGUAACAUACGUCACUGCUGCUUUUAAGGCAGGCGGCUUCAAGAGUACAGAGAAAUGAUCGACGGCAUUAACCCAUAAUCUAACUUUACAACAAAUUGUCAUCUACACCCAAACACCUGCUAAAGUCUUCCUAGUGCACACACACAUUUUGUCCAUCGCAGCAGCUGACUGAGCACACAAAUAGUGCUGUUUCUAUUUUUUUGAUUUUUCAGAUGAUUUAUAGGACUUCUGUGUUGUUUUACUAUACAUGGAUGUCAUUUGUGACACCUGAGCAGUCAUCCCAUCUCAUAAAAGCUACACUGUGUGUGUGUGUGCGUCCGUGUGUGUGUAUGCGACCACAUGUAUGCUAGUUCAGUCAGUCAAAUUAUUGACACCACAAGGAGUCACAGUGACUCCUGAGCAGAUGAAUUCUGUCACUUUAAACAAAUAGGAAUCUCAAGAUAAAAACCAUUAAGAAAAUGUUCUAUUUUCUCUGUCAAGUAACACUAGAACUGGUUCACUCUUUAGGGCUUUGUAACAUUGGAGUUCACUGAUCAUGAAAGCAUUUACGGAGCUCCUGCAAUUUGCACUUGAUGUUUGCAGGGCUGUUAUGAAAUGAUCAAAAAGGCAUUGUAGGUUUUGAAUCUGCCAAUACCAAACAGAUACCAUAGCACAUUUUAAAGUGUCUUGCUUCUCCAAACAAAUCCAUGGUGAUGAAUUCAAAGGCCAAAAUACUCCAAUGUAGCUAACUUCCAUUUUGGCUGAGUAUAUCUGUAUAUUUUUUUUAAAUUCUAAACCCAGAAAGAGAAUAUUUAACUUUUCUGUUAUAUUCAGUUUGGAUAAUAGAAAUGUGCAGUUUUGCCUUCACAAAUCUUUUAGUAACUUUCACAAUUUUCUUUCACUUUUGUUUAUUCACUGUACUUUGGUUUUGGAUUCAAGCCCUCUCACUGUCUGCCUGUAACAAUGUGAAUUUAUUUAUCACAGAGAUGGAACAGGGCAAACACCUCUAGUUUCUUUUGUUAUUUGGAAAGUCUUAAUGCACUGAGCACAUUUUAUGUUUAUUUUCUAUUCCCUUUGGUUACCUUACUUGUCUUUUGUACUUUUGUGCAUUUUGAAAGAAAACCCUGCUGAAGGAAGAGUUUUAUCUUGUGAAAAUAUGAAUGAAGAAGAGGCAUUGUGGCGUUUUUAACCUAUCAUGUCUAAUCGUGUGACUCACUUUUUAUGAUGGUGCUUUAUGCACAUGCCUUUUUUUGGAAGGAAAAAGUACAUUAAAUAUGCUUCAAAGAAACUACAUACAAUCAGUCAUACAGUGUAUCCUAUGUUACUCCUUUGAUGUUUGAUCAUAUUUAAGGAUUUGCCAUGUACAGAAGCGGAGGAUGAUAUGUAAAUAUAUGAUAGUGUAAGGCAUUUACAAGUUGUCUGUUGCAUUCCUCAUCAUGAGAUGGCGCGAAAAGUUCUGUGUGUAUGCAAUUUUGUGUGGGAGGCUCACAAUGGGUAUUGAAUGUAACAUGCAUCAAUUAAAACUAUUAUUGACAUUUUAAUUUCUCCCAUUCCUAAUAUUUGACUUUUUGUUCACAGGUUUAUGUUGAUGAAGAAUAAAAUGAACUUCCACUUUU